AUGAAAGAGCCAUCUCGUGGUCGAUUUUUGCUUCGUCAUUCCGCAAUCGCUGUGUGGCAGUAUCUGGCGCUGGAUAUUUUUGCUACGGUUGCCUUGCAGCAGGCGGAGGAGCAGAGAAAGCAUGGAAUUUUACCGCCGACUGUUCAGUGGGAUUUGUCCGUUGAGCAGUGGAUUGAACGGAUGAUCUCUAAUCUGGUCGCUGGAUUCGUGGUGAGCAGGAUGCUUAUUGAUUUGCAUCAUCGCGUAUUCUCAAUCCUUCUUGUUGGACUUGGAUUGGACUCGCCGUCGAAUUGUCCCCCUCUGUUUGGACGGGCAGCGGAGGCUGGUUCACUGAGAGGGUUCUGGGGCAAAUUCUGGCAUCAAUUGGUGCGCGAGCCUUUCGUCUCUGUGAGCACAUGUAUUACUCGUGACAUGCUGGGCCUUUCUAGAUCCCCAUUGGAGCGAUAUACAAACAUUCUCCUUGUUUUUGUCUUCUCAGGUGGACUGCAUGUCAUCCUUGAUGUGAUUCAAGGUAUCCCGGUACAAGAGUCUGGUGCCAUGCUACUUUUCCUGACAGCUCCAUUGGGCUUGGUCAUUGAGGAUGGCAUCAAGGCGACGUGGAGAAGCUGUACGGGAACCAAUCGUGCUGAGAAUCUGAUGAAAACUCCUCCACCGUUAUGGCAAAAAGUUCUUGGUUUUUUUUGGGCAAUGGCAUGGCUGGGUGUCACCUCAACUUGGUAUUUCUAUCCACAAAUGCUUCGACCAGAGAACCAGGCUCUGGUUCCGUUCAGUUUGGCGAGUAGGUUUGGGCUGCCUGUCAUCGCAGGAGUUGUCUUGGUUGGGGGUGGGCUAGUUGCAUACGUGUUUGAAGUUGAAGUGUAA